AUGAAGUCUGCUGGCCGACUCUUUUUCCUCUCCGUCUUUGCCCUCUGGGCCGCGCCGGGGACCUGCGCAGGCGCCUCCAAGGAUGGCUGUCCGAUCUCUCCUAAAGCCAUCGUCGACGAUGCCUGCGUCUCCUACGCCACCCUCGACAAGCUCAACACCCGCGUCAAGCCCGCCGUCGACGACCUGACCAAGACGACCGACUUCUUCUCCCACUACCGCCUCAACCUCUUCCACAAGUCGUGCCCCUUUUGGGACGACCAGAACGGCCUCUGCGGCAACAUAGGCUGUGCCGUCGAGACGCUCGACAAGGAAGAGGACAUCCCCGACGUCUGGAAGGUCAAGGAGCUGAGCAAGCUUGAAGGCCCCCUGGCCCGUCACCCCGGCCGAGCGCCCAAGGAGGAGCACCGCCCGCUCCACGGCGAGCUCGGCGAGAGCGUUGGCGAGAGUUGCGUCUACGACAAUGAUGAUGAGUGCGACCAGCGCGACUACUGCGUCCCCGAGGACGAGUCCGCCUUCUCCAAGGGCGACUACGUCAGCCUCACCAAGAAUCCUGAACGCUUCACUGGCUACGCGGGCGUCGGCUCCCACAUGGUCUGGGACGCCAUCUAUCGCGAGAACUGCUUCCAGCGCAGCUCCUUUCCGCGCUCCGCCGACGUCGGCGUCUCGCAAUGGCCGCAAGGACCCGCCGCGAUGGACUUCAAACACGUCAUGGAGGCCGCUGGUCGCCAGGCACAACUCACUCGCGAGCGUCUUGACAAGCCCGAGACGCCCUUUGUCGCCAGCACCGGCCUCGAAGCCGACGACGAGUGCCUCGAGAAGCGCGUCUUUUACCGCGUCGUCUCGGGUAUGCACGCCAGCAUCAGCACCCACCUCUGCUGGGACUACCUCAAUAAGACGACAGGUCUCUGGGGACCCAACCUCGACUGCUACAUGGAGCGGCUUCACGGCCAUGCCGACCGCAUCAGCAACCUCUACUUCAACUACGCGCUCGUGACCCGCGCCGUCGCCAAGCUGGGGCCCUACCUGCAGAAGCCGACCUACACCUUUUGCACUGAUGACGCCCGUGAGGACGCCUCGACGCGCAGCAAGGUCCUCGAGGUGACGCAACGCGCCGCCCUGGUCCCCGACAUUUUCGACGAGAGCGUCAUGUUUGUCAAUGGCGAAGGCCCGUCGCUCAAGGAGGACUUUCGCAACCGCUUCCGCAACAUUAGCCGCCUCAUGGACUGCGUCGGCUGCGACAAAUGCCGCCUCUGGGGAAAGGUCCAGACCAACGGCUACGGCACCGCGCUCAAGGUGCUCUUUGAGUUUGACAAGGGUAGUGAGCACGCGCCCGUGCUCAAGCGCACCGAGCUCGUCGCCCUCUUCAACACCUACGGCCGCCUCACCCAGUCGCUCAUGGCCCUGGGCCAGUUCCGCAGAAUGGCCGCCGAGGCCGAGGACCAGCGCCAGGCCGCCGCGCUGCUCGCCGAGACCGCCAAGGAUAUCCACCACCCGCUGGACCACCCGCUCACGGCCGCCGACCCGGACGAGGAGCUCUCGGACGAGCUGGUGGAACUUAUUCGCAAACAGAACCGCGGGUCUGGGGGCGACGACUGGAAGUCCCAGUUUGACCACGAAAUGACCCUCGUGAAGCUGGCACUCCGUGUCGUAUUUACCGGUUGGCUCCGUGCCCCUGUUUACUUUUUUCAAGUGGGCACCGCCGAAGUUAUAAGAGUAUUGCGGUCGUGGAUGGGUCUUGACAACGGAGAGCGACGCUACAACUUGCGCAUACCAAACGUAAACCGCCCUGAUUUGUAA